CACCCGUGCAUGCUUUGGUCUUUGUGAUUGGAUUUAGAAUUUUAGAUUAACUAAAUAAAUCUUAUUACAUGCACUGCUUAUUUUUCAUAUGAUAAAAUUCCAGUCAUGGAAGUCACUAGAAAAAAUUUUAAAGAAAUUUUACCCCUUGUAAGUGAAUCUAUAGAAAAGGCAGACUUCUUGGCUAUCGAUGCAGAGUUCACGGGCCUUAUGAACGGUCGAGACGUGUCUAUAUUUGAUUCUCCAGCUGAGUACUACAUUCGGCUAUAUAAUGGUGCUAGUGAAUUUUUAUUAAUUCAGUAUGGAGUGUGUGCAUUUUACUGGAACGACAAAAAACAGCAUUAUUUGAACGAGGCCUACAACUUUUACUUGUAUCCUCGGAGGCCUGGCCCGGAGAAGAUGUUUUUGUGCCAAAGCUCAAGUUUGGAUUUCUUAGCUUCUCAAGGUUUUGACUUCAACAAAUUGAUAAAAGAAGGUAUAUCCUACAUGACUGAGACAACUGAGAGCAGACUUCGAGACAUGUUAGCAGAGAGGCAGAAGAAUUAUUCCACUGAAAAGGAUCUGAUUAGUAUUCCAGAGCAACAUAAACAACAAAUUGCAGACAUUUGCAAAAAAGUGCGCAAGUUUCUUGAUGACAAAGAUUCAGAUUGCAUAGAGAUUGACCGCUGCAACAAUUUUGUGAGGAGAUUAUUAUUCCAGGAGCUUGCUCAGUUCAAAAAUGAAGCAUUUGUUGAAACAAAGGUUUUAGAAAAUCAAAACAGGAUCCUCAAGGUAACGCGGUUAAAAGAAGGCGAUGACGUCACGAGCAAAGACAACCAGAAGAAAGAGAAGGAGUGGGAAGAGUUGGAUGAUGCCGUCGGGUUCUCUAAAGUGGCCCGUAUGAUCAGUCAGUCAGGAAAGCUGGUGAUCGGCCACAAUAUGUUGCUUGAUGUACUGCAUUCGCUUAAUCAUUUCUUUCAACCGUUGCCAGAAGAUUACGGUUCUUUCAAAGAGUUUACACAUUGUAUGUUUCCAAGGUUGUUAGACACAAAGUACAUGUCGAGUUUGCCCCCUUUCAAGGAUAAGAUCAACUCGAGCGUGCUGCAGCAUUUGUUCACAACGCUGUCAGACGAGCCGUUUGCACUUCCUAAAGCUGACUCUGAGAACGGUCGAGGCUACAACCGCACCGAGGAGAAACACCAUGAGGCAGGUUAUGACGCUUACGUCACCGGGCUAUGUUUCCUAGCAAUGUACUCGCAUUUAUCGCGGAUGCGAGGCGAACAAACCGCCCGAUUGAAGGACCCCACCUGUCCAGUACUGAAGCCUUUCCUCAACAAACUGUUCCUGGCCAAGACUGCACAUCAAGACUCGCCAUACAUGAACCUUGUAGGCGCUGAUCCCACACCGUCCAGGGAUCAUGUGUUUCAUUUGACUUUUCCGCUGGAAUGGCAAAGGAAUGAUAUCAACCAACUAUUCAGUCCUUUUGGCCCAGUGACAGUCCAGUUCUUAGACGACGUGUCAGCUAUAGUGGCGUUAUCGAGACGUGAGCAAGCGCGUGACGUCGCGCGGGCGCUUGCCAAGAACUCCAAAGUGACGCUCAUACCUUUUGUUAAAUUCAAGCAUAAAAUUACCAGUUCCAAGGUACAAAUCGACAAUCGACGGCAGACGUCGCCAGUGAAACAAGUGUCCACACCUGAGUCGAAGCAAUGGCAAGCGAAUUCAUCCAUCGCGAGCAGUUCCCCCCAGCCCCCUUCACCAGUGAGCAGGCCUCGCUCGAACAGCGUAAACAUGCCGGCUACCAUCCCCCCCUCGAGGAAAAGGACGUCGUCAGGGUUGUUCCAGGUGGACGACGAAGAGCCACCAUCGAAGAAGACUGAAUUGGCCAGGCCCAAUUCCGAUGGCGCACGUAGAACCCCCGAAGUCUUUCCGAAUGGUCGGAAACCUGUUGACGGAAAGGGUGACAAGGACAUACAUAAACAGAAGAGGAGAGAGAAAGAGAAAGAGAAAGAAAGCAACGCUGUGCUAGAGACAUUCGCCAGUGAAGCCAAAGGCAAGACUGUGGCUGCUUUCAAAGAGAGCGACAGUUGGGAUUAAGUGUAGGAAUAAAUGGAUGUUCA